CUUCUCAGUUCACCUGCCGUCCUGCCUUUUAAUUAUGCUCCCGCCGUGCUCCCUCUCUCAUCUGUACUUGAUGGCGCGCUGAUGAAACAGACUACGACCCUCGACCAACGUGAAGACGAAUCAUUCGGAAGCUCGCGAGUCAAGAAAGCUUUUAGUGUCUAACAGCAUCGCCAACCUUUACUAGCAGAGCGUAUAAGCACACAGGCGGAGACGUGUGGCGAAAAUAGCAGAAAUUACAGACGGAAGUGGAACUAAACAGAGCAAAGCUCCCAGGAACAUAAGGUUAAACUGAGUCUGGAUAAACCAUCUGGAAAAUAACACUGUGACUAUGAGGCUAGUGUGCAACAAAAUCUCAUCCCAUCUUGCAGCAUGUAGGUGGAGCAGUCUGGAUCCAGUAAUGGGUGGGAUGAAGAGGUAACUGGAUCAAGAGUGUGAGUGGGCAUGGAAGUGCCAGGUCACUGCUUUCAGCAUCUUUGUAUCUGGAUCUGCAGAUAAAUGGUCCCUUUGUGCAUAAUGGUGGGAUUUGCAGUAAUUUAAAUGAUAAUAUUUAAGGCAAGAGUGUGUUUAUUACUUUAAUGUUGAAGUGUUACAGAACACGGUCCAAUGUGCCACAAAAUGAAAAUACUUAAGUAAAGAUAUUUCAGAACUAAUUAACAUCAGUACCUGAAUGGAUGCAGCCUAUAAUUUGUUUACAGUGCUCAGUAAACCUGUAAAACUUUAAGGAACGACGGUGCUAAUUAAUCUUUAGUGUUUUGUUUCUCUACAUGACACUAAUUUGAAGAUUGAUUUUUCUUUCACGUGGCAUCUAAUCAGGACCAAGGACAGCGCCAGAUUCCGCCUCAGCGCUGCGUCAGGACGUGUUUUUUUUUUUUUUUAUCCGCGGCUGGAGAGCGAAGACGCGCAGAGAAAACCCCGUUGCAACCCGACCAAGAGCUUUGUCAUCUGCAGAGCAACGUCUCUGCGCUCUUCUCUUUCUUUCUCGCAGAACGCGAAGCUUUUGAAUAUGGAAGUGACUUUGCUGGCCACCCGCGGGGAGACAAGUUAAAAUGUCUGGGCAUCUCAUCGACACCACUUACGACGGAUCAGGAGGGACCGUUUAUGCUCCGACCUUCAACUUUACCUGCGCCGUCAACACGACCGACAGCUCGGAUGGAGACCUCCGCCUUCCGGAGUCUGACAAAACUGAUUUUGUAGCAGAUGGCGCAGCAGUUGUGCGGAUUACCAUCUCUAUCAUCUACUCUCUGGUGUGCGCCCUGGGUCUGGUCGGAAACUUACUGGUCCUGUACUUGAUGAAGUCCAAACAGGUGUGGAAGAAAUCGUCCAUCAACCUCUUCGUAACUAGUUUGGCGGUGACGGACUUCCAGUUUGUGCUGACUCUGCCCUUCUGGGCGGUGGAAAACGCGCUGGACUUCACUUGGCCGUUCGGCAAAGCCAUGUGCAAGAUCGUCUCCUACGUGACCGCCAUGAACAUGUACGCCAGCGUGUUCUUCCUCACGGCCAUGAGCGUGGCGAGGUACUGGUCGCUGGCGUCCGCCCUGAAGGGCAGGCGGCGCAGGGCGCAGUGCUGCUCCGCGCGGUGCAUCAGCGCGGUCAUCUGGUUCGCCGCCGUCUCCGCCGCGCUGCCGCACGCGGUCUUCUCCACCACCGUGACGGUCUCCAACGAGGACCUGUGCCUCGUCAAAUUCCCGGAGACCAACGGGAGCGCGCAGCUCUGGCUCGGGCUCUAUCACUCGCAGAAAGUGCUGCUGGGCUUCGUGGUGCCGCUGGGCGUCAUCUCCGCCUGCUACCUGCUCCUUUUGCGCUUCAUCACCUCCAAAAACAUCCACACCUCCUGCGCCAAGCGCCGCGCAAAGGUCACCAAGUCGGUCACUAUUGUGGUCUUGUCCUUUUUCCUCUGCUGGCUGCCCAACCAGGCGCUGACAGCGUGGGGAAUCCUCAUCAAACUGAACGUGGUUCAUUUCAGUUAUGAGUACUACACCAUGCAGGUGUACGUCUUCCCCGUAUCCGUGUGUCUGGCGCACUCCAACAGCUGCAUGAACCCCAUCCUGUACUGCUUAAUGAGGAGGGAGUUCAGGAAAGCGCUGAAAAAGCUCUUCUGGCGGAUGACUUCGCCGACCCUGACCACCAUCAGGCCGAUCACAGCCAUCACAAAGCCGGAGAUGGACGAGCAAGGGCGUGCGCUGGUCCCCAUCGGCGCACGCGGGGAGCCCGCUGUGGUGUUUUAUCCACCGGGGGCUGUCAUGUACAACGACAGGCGAGAUUUGCCUCGAAACAGCACUUGAAAGAAAGUCAUACGAACUCUGUCAAAUCCUCUGAGACUGUUAUUUAUUUGCAUCUAUGCCGUGUCCUGCUCCGCAGCAGUGGAAGGAGCUCAGACAGAGAUUUACAGGACGCCUGUCUGCACAAAUGUCACAUGGAUUUGUCUGGUCGCAGUCAGCAGCUUUUUGAAAAACAAGGACAUUAUUCCAUUGUGCUAAACCUAAAUGUGCUGCUAAAGUCUGUCCAAAACUGUCAAACAACAUUUCAGUGUGCAAGUAAAACUUGUGUCCUCAUUCAGAGUGUCUGAAUCUGCUGAUACCAAGAACUGAGCCUCACUGAGUCACAUUAUAUAAAACGUGUAAUUUACAGUACAUUGGAUUCAGUUGUGCAGAAUGAUCCUAAAAAUAAUCGAGGGAAUGUAAUAGUUCUGAAUAUUUGAGAGAAACUGCAACAACUCACUUCAUCAGCUCAUGUUUUAGAUCCUGGAGUUAGAAUUUCAAAGUUUAACUUAUCAUUUAAUUAUAAAUGUAAAAACUCUAGAUUGUCGCAAAUGUCAAGGAGUGAUGUAAUUGUUCCCAAUCAAGAUUAAAGGGAAUUCAAGUAUCCAGUUAGUAGCAUCUGCCGCAAUCAACCUCAUAAUGCUUUAAGUUUCCAUUCUAUUGAAGUUCUAACUUUACAGGGCUCAUGCAUUAUAUAAAAGACCACUUGCUAAAAUGUCAUGAGUGACUUCAGUUAAACCUAAAUCACCCCCCUGAACUCCAAAUGCUAGUGCUUCCAUCCAAAUACCAACAGAAAAAUACAAUUUGACAUUAAAUGUCACUAAUAUAUUAACAUAUUGAUGCAUUUUUAGCUCAACACAGAUAAGGAAACCUGCUAAUGCUUCAAGAAGCAUUAGAUCCAGUAUUAUCUUGUCAAAAAAAAGUCAAGCAUGAUUACCUCCGGCAUAAACAAAACAAAAUUAAAGCCAUACAUUCAUACGGACGAAAACGAGAAAAGCAAGAAUUAUCAUCUUGGGAUAAAUGCUGGAUUGAAGAGAAGAGGCUAAUAAUCUGCAUGCAGGCUAAUCUAAUCAGAAAUGGCUGACGGUCCUGAGCACUGGGUCUGAAAUCACAAUUGAAGAGAUUAUUUGUUUGGAUGGUGACAUGCGCACAUUAACCAAGUAGUUCAUUAGUUUGGAAAAAACCCUUUUGAGAAUAAUAAAUUAACAACUCUACUGUUAGUUCAUUCCACAGAGACGAGGGCAUGUCUCCAGCAAGAUGAAUAGCUCAUAAAUGUCUAUCAAUCAGAUCAUAAGGUGAAAUUCCUUUGAUUGCUUUUUUGUGUCAGUUUUUGUAUUACAACUGGGGAAAUGUGUCCACUUGUCCACCAAUCAACAUCUGAAGCCUGUUAAAUAUUAUAAGUUAGUUAUCUGUUUGUAAGUUAGUUAUCUGUUGUUUGCCUUCAUGAUUGUUGAUGAUCUAAUACAUAUAAACACUUUAAUUUGGGAAAACACAAACAGUAUUUACCAUUUAAUGUCCCUUCAGAAUAAAGCGCUCUUUGCAAAUC